UAGAUCCACUUGAUAUAUUUUUCAUGUUCGAUGAAGUAUCCAGAUUUUUUACAUUUUUUCCUCCCCUUUUCACUUAUAUUACUGCUUUUUUUUACCGAAGAAUACCCCACUGAUUUCUCGAUCCGCCUAGAACAAAUCGGUUUUGCUGACUUAGAUAUAAAAGGAAGAAUUGAUAUGCGUCAGGUAUAUUUUGUAGUCAGUGGGCUAUUCUAUAUAGUUAUAUCAAAGCGAUAGACGAGCGUGUCGCAUUUGUAGAAGUUAGAUAUAAAAUAGUCCAUCAAGCCCGGAGAGAACCGUUCAAUAACGACUAAUAAUUACACUAGUCUUUCCAUUUCGGCAUUUUCUUUAGUUUUUGGCGCACUAAAAGCGACAGUACAAGUCCAGCCACUUAGCGAAAUUUGGCUCUCCGACGGCAAAGACAAGUCAUUUGGAAAGUUUAGUAGAGCGCUGAAGAAGCUUAUUUCAAGAUGCAAUAACUAUGUAGUAUCCUCCAUAUCGCAAACAUUACGUGAUGUGCUGCGUUUAUUAAGCGAUUGUUUCUUUUUUCGUUCUUUUUCAUUUAUCGUUUCAAUUUUACACUAUGAACAUGAAUUCCGUCAAGCAUUGGGCGGUACCAGAAGUGUUUAUGACGACGUACGUGAAUAAGUUUCGUCAAACGCACGCACUUUAUCAAAGGUAAUUUAGCGAUUUAAUUGAUCAAAGGAUUUGCAGCUCGUUGGUUUGCGUUAAUCUAGAUUUCACUAGCGCACCGGUGUGUGAUUGUGAGCAAAAGAGUUUUAAUUCUGUUUUAUGUUCCGCGUUCAGUCCUAUUCGAAACGAAGAUUCUGUUCCGUUGAGCCAUGAUUUGCGCAAGUUCUAUACUGAACGAUGUUCGAUAUUGGCGGAAUGUGCAUUUUGCAUUGCAUUGCAAAAGUGCGGGAAACGGUGUAAGAUUUGUCACGAAUUGUCGGGAGUUAGUUGUGUAAAAUACAAUUUAAAGCGAUACACCGGCAGCAAUAGCUACGAUCAAACACAGCAGAUUAGGGUAUCAGAAGCGAGUCUCUUUUUAGGUAGAGGAAAACCGUACAACCUGAUCCUUUAUUUCUUUCUUUUUUUGAAGACGUGAGAAUAACAAAAUUAUACACUUUUUUCGAAGGAAGAUAGCCAGUAAACGAGAGUGAAUAAAUAAAUGUUGAUUAACGUAA